AUGGAGGAAUCGCGACCACGCGAACUGGUUGAUGCGUCGGUGUCGACCGAGGAUCUAGAAGGUACUGCUGAAGAGACGCAAGAGACCGUGAGUGAAGGACCACCGUUUGCUGAAGCGUCCCGUGGACCAGAACCUGAUGGAGCGAUUAAGGCAGGUACCCCGCCGAAGAACGAACCGCCUUCAGGUCCGACAGCGGCUUUGCAGGAGUGCAGAACAGCGAUGCUACCGCCGGCUUCACCUUCGGUGAGAGGCACUGUGCGCGUGCUGUCACCGGGCGACGGGAACCUGCGCUAUCCGUCGCCUACUCUUCCUCCGGUCGCUAAACAACUCAAGCGAUCGGCGUCCACGCCUCUCUCCUCUCAGAGUAGCAGCGCCGUGUCGAGUACCCAAGCGGAGCGAACCCCUUCGGUGUCGUCCACGUCGAGCGAGUCAACGGAAAACCUUACCUCCUCCUCUUCCAACGCCACGUCGUCUUCAUCGUCGUCGUCGUCCAGCUCGUCGUCGUCGUCCGGCACGUCGUCCGGCUCGUCUUCCUCCAGCUACAUCACGCUGCAGGACGGGAGUAUACCGUGGGAUCCUAGCAGGUACCCAGUUCGCGCCAGCCAGCCGUCAUCGGUGGAAACGCCAACAUUCCUCGAGUCGGCUGAAGGUUCGGCGUCGUCUGCAGGUCAGCGUACUCGAUUUCCAUCGCCGCUUACUUUCCGCCAAGCCAUCGGUCGGCCCUCCGAGGUAUGUAAACCAAUUGCCCGUUACGCAGACAUCACAGAGCCGCCAUUUGCGUCUCCUCCAAUGCAUCCCGAUGUCUCUCGAGCCGCUGAUUCCACCAGUUCCCUGCCGUCAACGAGUCACAGCGCCGCUGGGGAAACGUCGUCGUUAACCGCUCCGUCGACGAGCGGUACACCGUCCGCUAUCGCUUCGGCAGUCGAUCAAAUGGCGAGACCGAAAAUAGCGGAAGGGGCAUCCUCACAGCAACAUUCUGCUGCCAGAGAAGACCCGGAGCCGCGCGAACUCGUCGACCGCACGUACGUUCAAGGGUCGGAGCCGAGCGACGUUGAAGGCGGGGAUUCGGCAGGCGUUGGCCAGGAUACACCUACCGAUAGCCCGUCUUGUGAAACCAAGCAGGAUUCCGAGGAAGCGAUUGACUCUGACGAACGCUGA